UUCCCGUAGUAACCUUUCCCGUCUGCCUGGUGGUGCGUUUGCGCCUCCUGUCUUGAACGAGAGGUGAAGAAGAGUUUACUUUUAGAGAGUUCAAGGGUUUGGUUCGGUGUUCGUGUGGAGUAAAGGGUUUUGUCGAGGCAGAAAGCCCAUUUUCACGGAGCCAAGAUGCUGAACAUGUGGAAGGUUAGGGAGUUGGUUGACAAAGCAACCAAUGUGGUGAUGAACUACUCGGAGGUGGAGUCCAAAGUCAGAGAGGCCACCAACGACGACCCCUGGGGACCCUCAGGACAGCUGAUGAGUGAAAUCUCCAGAGCCACCUUCAUGUAUGAGCAGUUCCCAGAGGUGAUGAACAUGCUGUGGGCCCGCAUGCUGAGGGAUAACAAGAAGAACUGGCGGAGAGUCUACAAGUCGCUGCUACUGCUGGCCCAUCUAAUCAGAAAUGGGUCAGAGAGGGUUGUUACCAGCACCAGAGAACAUCUGUACGACCUGAGGUCAUUAGAAAGUUACCACUUUGUAGAUGAAAAUGGGAAGGAUCAAGGUGUGAAUGUGCGUCAGAAGGUGAAGGAGACAAUAGAUUUUGUCCAGGAUGAUGAGAGGCUUAGGGAAGAACGGAAAAAAUCGAAGAAGAACAAAGACAAAUACAUCGGGGUUUCCUCAGACAGUAUGGGAUACCGAAGCUACAGCACGGGGGACAAGUACGACUCCAGCGACAGCCGGGGGAAGUGGGACGACGACUGGGAGAGGAAUAAAGGGCAGUUCCCCUUCAGCGAGAAACUGGGGGAGAUCAGCGACAAAAUCGGCAGCACCAUCGAUGACACCAUUAGCAGAUUUAGGAAAAAGGACAUGGACGACGAUGGAUUCAGCGACAACGAGGAGGACCGUGCCCGCUCGUCUCAAAACGGCCAGUCGGGAAAAGAAUUCAAAGAUGAAGAGGAGACCGUAACCACCAAGAGUGUUUCCAUAGUCCAAGCAACAGAGACUACAGCAACUAGGAAGAGAGGGGUCCCGUCUAAGAAAGUAGACCUGGGGGCUGCAGCCCAUUACGUAGGAGAUAACAGCCCAGUCACCACCACCAAACAGGCCCAGCCAGCAGCCCCCCAGCCCGCCAGCAGCAACCUAGCAGACCUCUUCAUGGUGGACACAACAGCGAGCCGGCCUGCUGCUGCCACAGACCUGAUGGGUGGAUUCGCUGACUUCGCCGCACCGGCUGCCUCUGCUGCAGCCCCUUCCUCCAGCAGCAAUGGAGAAUUUGGAGAGUGGAACGCUUUCCCCGGAGGUCAGAUGCCAGCCUCUGCUCAGACAGUGGACACCAGCCAAAAUGACCUUUUUGGAGCCAUGACAGCUCCUGCAGCCGCCCCAGCCCUGGCUGCAAGCUCGGGCCCUGCCUCGGCAGACCUGUUCGACCUGAUGGGGCCGACUCAGUCCCUCACCUCCUCCCAGAGCCUCAACUUCAGCAUGAGCUCCUCGCAGAGCAUGAGCACCACGGUGCUGCCCCAGUCUAUGUCACAGAGCAUGGGAGGUCCUCUUCAACCGCAGUCUUUCCAGCCAAUGCAGCAGGGAGGGGCCUCUCCAGGAGCCAAAGCAGCCCUCCCUUCCACCUGGUCGGACUCCUCCAUUAACAUCAGCCUGGACUUCCUGGGUCCGGGCAUGCAGCCCCCCAAGCAAAGCCAGCCCACCCUCAACACCCUCCAACACGGCAACCCGGUACCCACCAGCAUGCUCUCCCAGGGAUUUUCCACCAUGAACCUUGGACCUGCAGCAGUCAAACCACCUGUGAAUCCCAUGAUGCACCCUGGUGCUGGCAUGGGCAUGGGGAUGGGCAUGGCGAUGUCCCCCAACCAGGGCAUGAUGGGGAUGGGCAUGAACAUGGGGAUGCCACAGGCGGGUAUGGCCAUGGGGAUGCCCAGUGCUAUGGGGAUGAACCCUGCGAUGGUCCAACAGCCCAAACUCGAUGCCUUCGCUGACUUUGGCAACUUUGGAAAGUGAUAGAGCCGGAGAGCAAAGAUUACCUGGUGGAGUGUUGUUGAUCUCUCUCUCUCUUUCUCUCUCCGUCCAUUGGUGAAGGAUUGUCACGAGCUGCAAACAAAGAGUACUUGAAUAAUGUCAACUAUCACAAAACAACACCCUGCAAUCUUUUCUUUCUUUUUUUAAGACAUGCUGUGUAGUGGAUCUAAAUGGAUUUGUUUUUGAACCAAUGAUCAGUCUGGUCUUGGGUGACUGCUUCGUUGGUUAUGAGAAGGAAGAAUGUGCCGCCAAGAGAAUGUCGGGGGGGGGGGGGGGGGGGGGGGUCUGCUUUAUAACCUCAAUCAAGUGAAAUCAUCAAUAGCAAAAAAUAUCAGUAGCUGCGUAAUUAUACUGAGAUGCAUUCUCAGUCAUUUUACUGAUUUAAGUUUGAAUAACAUGAUCAGAUAUUUUAACUUUUUCUAAUGUACAUUUAAGAAUGUCAAGUUACCUCUUUGCUUCUUUUUCCAUUGCUCUUCCUCUUUUGACCUGUAAAUAGAAAAUCUGGAGCCCUUACAAAUAAGUUAUGAAGUUCCGAUAUGAGAGGCAGCGCUGUGUGAGGAAUGGUAUCAUACCGACCAAAUCUGAUAUGAAUCCAGACCCACAACAGAGCACAUCGACACCUUCUACAUGUACAUACCACACUCCAGACAUGCUACAGUUAAUGAACGAGUGUUUGGAGUGAAGAUUGAUUCAUUUAAGGAGUUAUCAGACCAUCAUUUGUGGCCUUUCUUAUUGCUAUAUGAAUAUAUAUAUUUUACUUAUGGAGAAUAUAAUCAGUUUGCAUCCAAAUAAGAUAAUCAGUAGGUAGGAAGAGCCUCGUACAAGGGUCGCGGGUUCAUUACAGCACAGAGAGCCUGAGAGACCUUUUGCCUUUCCUCUUCAGUUAACCUCUUUAAGGAAACGAUGCGACUGCACAGAACUGAGCGCCUGCUUCUGCCCAUGCCUCAAGCCAAGAGGGCUGUCUGUACAGGUUUCAGAUGCAAUCCUAUAAUUAUUUUUGUUUGUCCCUUGCACACUUUCAGGUCAGAUAAUACCUUCAGAGCGCAAAAAAACAUUGUGUUGAGACUGUUAUGUCAUUGUAAACGUCCACCAGUGCAGUUGGGUAAAUGCUGCCCUCUCACCUUCCGUCAUUUGUAAUGUUACUUAAUUAAAGUCUGUCAUAACCAUCAUCAGGUAUCAAGAUUGUGAGAGGAAGCACCUAUUAGGACACAGUUUGAUAUGCCGGUUCCAUGCCUGUGUUAACGCAUAAUUAAAUGAUCUGUUAGUCAUACAAAACAGUGCUCUUCAGUGGUUCAAGUGCCUGCCGGUGGUUGCCUCCUGACCCUUGUAAUGAGUGAUAAGUAAAUCUUGGCUGCCUGACAUUUUGGGCAUGUCGACGAUUAGAUAAAUAAUUCACUGAGCAGAGGUGAAGGCGGUGGAUCGUGCUGGCCCGAGAGCAUCUCCCUGUCCCAAGGGCUCAAGAGGCAGAGCACACUAACACAUAGUAGCCUUGCAUCGGAGUCUGAAACAUUAAAAAAAAAUGACCAAAAUCUGUUUGCUGUUUUUUCUAAAAGUAGAGGUUGUUUUAUUCAUUUUUUUUAUUUUCUACUUCAAAUGUUUUUUUUGGAUCUUCUCUAAAAUGGGAUUGUUACUGAAACACUAGCAUAUGCAAAUGUAAGAAAAGAAAAUCCUUUGAGAAAAUGAAUUUUUGCAUUAUUCCCAUUUUGAUUUACACAUCGAUUCUUUAUCUACAACAUUAAACAGUUGAUUGAAA